AUGGAAUUCCCAUCCAAAAUCUAUCUAAUUUUGCCACUUCCAGAAUUAUUAACCUCAAGGGAAGACGAUUACGAACCGGUAAGAAAUUUAAAUUUUUUGAAUUUCCCGCCAAAAAUUUCUGGAUUAUAAAAUUGAGGUGCGAGUUGUGAAAAUUUAAAUUUUUUAAAUUUCCCGCCAAAAUUUCUGGAUUGUUCAAAUUAGGCGCGAGUUAUGAAAAUUCAAAAAUUUUUUGAAUUUCCCGCCAAAAUUUUCUGGAUUAUAAAAUUGAGGCGCGAGUUGUGAAAAUUUAAAUUUUUUAAAUUUCCCGCCAAAAUUUCUGGAUUGUUCAAAUUAGGCGCGAGUUUUGAAAAUUUAAUUAUUUUUUUGAAUUUCAGGACAAACUCGGAUGGCUGGAUUUACCUUGGGAUAUUCGAGAAAAGAUCUACAAAAUUCUAGAUGACAAAGGCCUCGGAAAAAUGAUAAAUUCCUCCAAAACUUGUCAAGAAGAAGUCAUCAAAUUCGUCAAAAAUUAUAUAACUUCAAUAAGAUUUAUCCAAAAAUCUGAAGCGAAAUUCGAGCUACGAGUUGGAUUAUUUGGCGCAGAUUGUGAGAAGAAUGUGGACAUAUGCGAUUUAUCAGCGGAAAUUCCGAAGAGUGAGCACCCGGUUUCAGAAGAGACUACCGAAUUCUUCGAAUUCUCCAAGCAUGUUUCAGCGAUAUUCAAAAAUCAUCAAGAUGGCAUAACUUCAGCUUGUUAUAGAAGAAGCUUCAGAGAAGGAGCAUAUAAAUUUUAUCCAGGAAUGAAUGUGAAAUCUCUCGCAAUAUCGAAUUUCUUCCGAUGGUUUGAUCAAUCAAAGGAAACUUUAAAAAGUCUUCGCAUCGAACUUCUCAAUGAAUUUUCUAUCAAUUUUUUGGAGCACACGAAACUUGAGAAAAUUCGAAUUGCUGGAUCUUUUGAUAUUUCGUCCAUUUCUAUUUCUACAGAGCAAAUGAGAAAUCAGUUCAAAGAAUUCCACAUUGUUAACCCAAAAUCGGGUAUUAGAGAAUUGUUAGAAUAUGAUUUCGAUGUUCUGAUCUUUGAUUUAAAUCACUGGAAAAUCGAGGAUUAUCAAAGAUUAGUCAAAGCUUGGAUAAAAUCAGAAAUUGAUCAAAAUUUCAAUGAGCGACGAUGUGAUUUAUCAAAAGAGAACAUGCAAUAUUUCUACAUCAAUCGAUAUGUGAUCUUUGAAAAUGUGGAUGUUGAUAUUUAUGGAGAAUCGGAAUAUGAUAAAGUAUAUCGUGUAGAUGAUCCAUAUGGUUGGAGUUGGCUUGAAUUUCGAAUGGAAGUUGAUGAAGAUCUUGAUGAAUCUAUAAUCUGGAUUUCUACAAGGAAAACCAUGUACUGAAUGAUGAAUAUAAAUAAAACUUUAUAGAAUUUCCAAAAUUUUUUCAAUUUUUAACACAUUCUCGAUAAACAUAAACACCCACAAAAACUUCGAUGCAUUUUUGACCUUUUGGACAAUCGGCUGAAGUAUAACAGCAUCUAGCGAAUGCUGGAAAUCCGAGGAGUAAUAUGAGCAAUUUGGGGAAGAUUUGCAUUUUUUUGAUCCAAUUGGUGCAUGAAUUCUUUUGGGCGGUUUUUAAAGCAAAAUUUUUUGAUCCAAUUUGUGGUGCUCUUUGUACUAUUUGUGUAUUCUUUGAACGAUUUGUUGAGUUUUUGAACUUUUUUCUUCAAAAAUUCUGGAUUACUAUGCAAUUUUCCAUGAAAAUUUGGAUUUCUAGGCCAAGGGAAAAAUCUAUUUUUUUUCCAAAGAAAAACCCACCAAAACCAAAAUUUCAAUUUUUGUGGGUUUUUUUUUAUUAGAAACCCACCAAAACCAAAAUUUACGAAUUUGGAAUUCUUGAACAAUGCCAAUAGCACCUAGUCUACGUAUUUUUAAAUCCAGGAUAAUGUAUAAAUUUUGUGACAUUUUUUUCUUUUGGUUUUUACUAGAAGAAGAGGUGACUCAGCCUUCUGAAAAAUACUUUUUCCACGUCAAAACAACAAAAUACUCUUUCAAUGCACGCUAAACGCGCACAAGCACACCAAACGCGCCAGCUCUCUUCCGAAUGGCGCGUUUCGCGACGUUUGAAUUUCGAAAUAUUUCUAACGUCUUCUACUUUUUUUUCUUUCUUUUGAUUUUUUCUAGAAGAAGAGUCAGGUUUGCCUUCUGAAAAAUACAUCAUUUUUUUUCCAAAAAAAAUUUCAGUUUGUUGAAGAAUGGAGAAAACUGGAUGGGACGAUUUACCAAUCGAAAUGAAAAUUGA